CAGUACAUCAAAGGCAAUUUGUGUCCUUCCUAUGAAAUAAUUAGUAACCCCAGACGUUGUCAUCCACGCCCUUGAUGAUGCAACCAGCGCACCUUACAAAUCAACUGGAGCUACAUCCAUAUUUAUCAGUUACCCCUCAGUAGCACCUCUGCAUCGAAUUUCAAACUCAUCCUUCCGACCGUAAUUCUGAAUUGAACCAGACCAUCCGAAAUCCAGAACGAAAUGGCCUCCAAGCUUAUCGCAGUUGUUGCCGGUGUAGGUCCAGGUACCGGAGCCGCAGUUGUCCGUAAAUUUGCAGCAACCUACCCAGUUGUCUUGCUUGCACGCACUCCGGACAGCUUUUCUCAGCUCGCCGAUGAGAUCAACGGCAAUGGUGGCAAGGCAUUGGGCAUCCCUACAGAUGUUUCGGAUGCAAAGAGCGUCAAAAGUGCUUUCAGCAAGAUUGAGAGCGAAUUUGGGAAAGACUUCGGCCUUGCUGCAGCCAUCUUCAACGCUAGCGGUGGUUUUGUCCGCAAGCCUUUCCUGGAACUUACUGAAGAGGAAUUUGUGUCUAGCUGGAACGUGUCGGCCAAGGGGGCUUUCCUCUUCUCUCAGGCCACGCUACCAUAUCUCCUCAAGGCCACUUCAUCGUCCAAGCACCCACCCACUAUCAUUUUCACUGGCGCGACAGCGUCCAUCAAAGGUUCCGCGCAAAUGUCCUCGUUUGCUACGGGCAAAUGGGCUCUGAGAAGCUUGUCACAGAGUCUGGCAAGAGAGUUUGGACCGCAAGGAGUUCAUGUCAGCCAUGCUAUUAUUGAUGGUGUGAUCGACAUUCCGAGGACGAAGGAGUGGCUGAAGGACGCGGGACCAGACGCCAAGAUUAGCCCCGAAGGGAUUGCGGACUCGUAUUGGCAUCUUCAUACGCAACCAAAGACCACUUUCACUUGGGAGAUUGAUAUCAGACCAGGAGUUGAGAAGUGGUAAAGCUCUAGCGCCGACAGUUCGGUUGACUGUUGAGUAUUGGCAAAGUAAAAUGUCAAAUCAUAAACGUGGGUAUCUCAUCUAAAGAAUCAGACUUUUUCUUCUUUUCGCGUUCCCUUCUUGCCGACAUCACGGCUUUGCGUUUAGCCAUUCGUUCAGUGGAACUUGACUGUCGCUCGGAGCGCUUCGAUAGGUCAUUGAGAGGAUCAAGCCUCGAGGAGGGUAUGGUUUGACGGCUUGUCCUUGUCUCAACAUCAAUUGAAGACUCUGAAAAUGAAAUUGUAGCUCUUGAGCGUG